AUGGAGACCUCUGCGGCGCCGUGUGGGCCGCAGACGUGCGAGGAGGAAAUGCCGUUCACGGACGAGGAGCUCAGGAGCAUGUUGAAGGUGCUAGACGUGCUGGCCCAGCGCAAAGAGCUGCUCGAGCAACGCAACUUUCGCGUACUGCGAAAGAAACUGGCGCCCGUGUCAGAGUACAUGGAAGACCGCAAGUUUGGCGGCGUUGGACGCAAAAAGUACCUCGAAGACAAGGCGAUCCGUGAAGAGAAACGUGCGCGGUACAACCAGCGCAAGAUGCACGACCGCCGCCACAUUAACAGCUCGACGUUGCGUCGGGAACGGCUCGCAAAGCUCGAGUCGCUGCUGCUGCAAGGGGACGACGCUGCGGCAGCACUGCCUAUGAUUGCCGACGGCGUAGCGGGCGAAGACGUGUGCCACUCUGCAGAGUUCCUGAUGAACGGGCCAGAGCCAAAGCUGCAGAAGCUCUGCACUGAUGAGGCAGAACAAGCUCGCGAGGAAAAGGCGGCGGCCGACAAGAAGGAGGCGAGUGCAUUGCUAGGGUUUCGCUCGUGCUACACGUGCAAGAGUCGAUUCGACAAGAUCCACCACUUCUACGACCAGCUCUGUCCGCGUUGUGCCGAGCUGAACUUUUCCAAGCGCUUUCAGUCAGCUGACCUGCGCGGAAAAGUGGCGCUGAUCACGGGAGCUCGUGUGAAGAUUGGCUUCCAGACGACCGUGAAGCUGUUGUUAGGAGGAGCAGCAGUCAUUGCUACCACGCGCUUCCCAAAAGACGCAGCCGAGCGCUUUGCGAAACACCCCGAGUUUGCGACGUUCAAGGAUCGUCUUCAGAUUUUCGGCAUUGAUUUCCGUGACCUGGUCCACUUGGAGCAGUUUUGCGACUUUGUCGUCCGACGGUACUCUCGUCUGGACAUGAUUGUGCACAAUGCUUGUCAGACAGUGCGUCGACCGCCGACGUACUACAAGUUCCUCGCGGAUAAGGAGAUGAAGGCGCUCGAGGCGAGUCCGAAAGAGGUUCAGACGCUUAUGCACCAUCAACAGGAGUUUGAAGGGCACCUGAAAUCGUUGGCGCUCCCGGCGUCGGAUGCGAAGACGGUCAAUACAGGUGGCAGUGUUGUCAUGUCGUCGGCAAUGAAGUCGCAGGUGCCUAUGAUCGCAGGUGACGACCACUCUGACGACAACGCCGAGGCCUUUCCUGAGGGCAUGGUGGACGUGAAUGGACAGCAGUUGGAUCUCCGCUCGCGCAAUUCUUGGCUGCUCCGUAUGGGCGAAGUCGCUACUCCGGAAGUGGCCGAAGUGUUUGCCAUCAACACACUGGCGCCUUUCAUCAUGAACAAUCGCCUGGUGCCUAUGCUGGAAAAGAGCGGCAAGCACGAGAAGAAGUUUAUUGUCAACGUGAGCGCCAUGGAGGGCAAGUUUUACCGAUACAAGACGCCGAACCACCCGCACACAAACAUGGCGAAGGCUGCGCUUAAUAUGAUGACUCGUACGUGCGCCGAGGACCUGAGCAAGCGAAGCAUCUACAUGAACUCGGUCGACACGGGCUGGAUCAACGACGAGAACCCACUGGCUAAGGCCCAUGCGUACGCAGAAGCGCACGACUUCCAGACGCCCAUUGACGAGAUCGAUGCUGCAGCACGCGUGCUGGACCCCAUUUUCGUCGGCUACAAUUCCGACGAGACCGUUUUUGGCAAAUUCCUCAAGGACUUCCACGAGACCGAGUGGUAG